AUGAAGGAAAAACUGGGAAUCAUGGAAACCAGGCUGACGGAGAGUGAGAGCCAGAUUCUUGUGAUGAAGGAAAAAGGUCAUACCGAUUUUUAUGCUCUUUUAUUUCAAAUUAGAUUAAAGAAAUUCAAUUAAUAGACGGAUGACUAUGGUUCGAAACAUAUGUGGUUUCAAUAAUGUGUGUGUCUGUUUUAGAAAAAAAAAUGGAGUAGCAUUCAGCGCAGCAACAGGAGGAGGUAAUAAAUCCAUCGGACCCUUCAGCAGCGCCACAACUUUAACUUCAGGAAAGUCUUCACAAACAUCUGCUUAAUGAUUCCAGACCUUGAAUGAAUCAAACACUUCCUUUUCCAGCACGCUGAUUUACGGACACGUGUUCGCCAAAAAAGUACUCAGCUUUCCUGUAAUGUAAACAAUAAAUUCAAACACCGUUUGUCAGCUGCAGACUUUCAAAGAGGAACCAGCAGUUUAUAGUGACCCCCUUUUUGCACUGUACAGUCAGGUACCGUUUGUCUCCUUAAGCUAGCGACUCUUCCACUUAAGGUCAAAGUCAACUUUAAACAGCCAUUACAAAUUAAAGCACUGAAGCUGGCACAACUAGUCUUGGGUCUCACCUUGUACUUGUGUAAUCUUUAACUUGGUUAAUCAUCCAGCUUCAUCAAUAACUAAAAAUAUUGAUAGGUGGUAAAUGACCUGAUGCUGUGGAUUAACAACUAUGAUGUUGAUUAGGGUGCAUGCUUGACAUGAGGAGUUUCUUUCCUAUUUUCAGAUUCUUUUUUAAGCAUCUCACUUAAGAGGAUAAGACAGUGGACAGAGUAGAAAACCGGCAAUUGCAAGCGGCAAAGGACCUUGAGUCAGAUUUAAACCCACGGAGAAGCUUCUGUGUACUGGGUGUGCAAAUUAACUCUGAUCUACACUGGCACCCUGAUUUGAGAAGGUUCUUUUUACAUUUUUCAACGGACUUGGAAACCAAGGUGGCAUCUUUGACACAACACCAAGCCAUAGACCCUCAGAGCCACCGUUACAGCCUCGUGGCACAGGUAUAUCUUGGCAAUAAGAUUGGUUUUCUACAGAGUAGCUGUUUCAAAGGAACAUGGCCUAAGAAAAACUGAUGGAGAGAGGGUUGUGAUGGUCACAGUGUUAUCUAUCAGGUAUUUGAUAACCAUGUUUUCUGUUUUGUCCAAUUUCUGUGAACUAGACAGAAAUUAUCUUUACAUUAUUUACAUAACGGUUUUAAAAAAACUCAGUUAAUGGAUUGAUUUUUGUCAAAUCUGGUCACGGAGAAUGAGGUGUAAUUAAAUGCUAAUUUAUAAGUAAGUAACUGAACAAAAGUCAGCCUGUGUAUUGUUACCCUCUGUGCCCUGAUAUGGACUGUUAUGUGUGGCAAAACGUUGGCUUAUUUGUCUAAAAUAUCAAAGGUUACCAGACAGUGAGGAAAUACAGCCAAUACUGUUUUCUUAUUGCACAAUUCUGUGCGAUGUCAAAAAUUAACAGGUCACCUCUAAACACUGAACCAGCAGACGCUGGAGGGAGGACAGGGGGAGAAAACAAGAACAAGAGGGAGACAGGGGACAGCCAUCAAAAAUGUAACUUUUGCAUAUUUAUGUGUCAGAUAAGGUCCAUAUUAUGUUCGUCUUAUGUUGUAAAUGUGAAAACAAACCGUUACGUCGUUUGCAUUCUGUAAAGGUUUAAAAUAAAGAAACGGGUAAACCAGGCCAAUUGAAAAAGCAGGUCAAUCUGAUGUCGCGCUGAUCUUGCUCAUUAUUAUUCACGAGCGUGUCCUCGGUGAGUCGCGCCCACUCUCUCGUUCUCGUACUCAGUCACAGUCAUCAUCACUCUCCAGCCAGAGCGAGACCCAGCUACCACUGUACCUGCUAUGGGUCUCUUCCAAACGACCGGUGUUUCCUUGGGUUCACUGCCGGGAAAAUGAACUUAAAGCUGGGCAGAAUGAAUGAAAACACCGCUGGAGAUCUCCGGCUUCUUCUUCAACUUCCACCUCCUCUUCGGACUCGGGGUCUAAAAUAUAUGGUUUAAUACCUGCCAUUUUUAGCCUUUAGCAGAAGGUGACCAGACGUCCCCGAUUUCCAGGGACAGUCCCCAAAUUGGACGACCUGCCCCCGGCAAAAGCUGUCCCCGAAAAUGUCCCCGAUUUAAGCGUUUCAUGAGCGAAAAUGUUGCGUGUGGGCUCGAACAACGGUUAUUACAGUAGCCGAAUAGGCAGGAAGCACAAGUUAGCAGUCCUGAACAACAGUUCUUACGGGGGUUAUUACAAGAGCAUGUGCUGCUACUAAAUAGCACUGAGAUGUUGUCUGUGAUCACACAGCCCCCCCGCUGCCACACCAAUUGUCCCUGGAUUUCAUUACAGACAUCUGGUCACCUUACUUUAGCACACAUUAGCAAAAUGGAUGUACCCAAAUCAGAAGCUCUAUACUAAAAUAGUUUGAAACAAACCAUCAAAUAACUUUUCAGCUAAAAUUAUGUUGCAAACAUGAUUAGAGGACAUCAAGGAUUAUGAAAAAAUGAUGGCAGGUCCCCUUUAAAACAACCGCAACAUAAAAACAACAGCUCAUACGUAGUUGCAGAGCUGCAAGUAAUGAUGAAAUAAUGAGUUUAAAUCUGUUUUGGACCUUUGAUUUUUGGCAGUUACUUUUGGCUUUAUUUAUUUAUUACUCACUCAUUAAACUUGUUAAAAGUUUCUUACAUAAAGGUUCAGAAAUCACACUUCUGAUUGGAGGACAAAAUGCUACAGGUUACCAUGAAAUACUAUUUAACAGGCCAGGAGGGUCUCAGCAGUCACAGCUGGGGAGUCUUGUUCCUAAAACAACUUGAAAGAUGAAUUUCAACAUCUUGUUUGGUUUCUGCUUGCUCUUCUGUGUCUCAACUUUAGCCCAGGAUGGCGGCAGUGUUUCUCCUGCAGAUCUGCAGAGGGCAGUUGGUGCAGUGACAGACAAAGUCAAAGCUGUGGAGGCCAAGCUGCAGGACACUCAAACCAGGCUGCAGGAAAGUGAGAACCAGAUCAAGGAAUUAAAGAAAAAAGGUAAAGUGACAUACUGAGACUAUGAAGAAGAAAUUGUGAUUAAUUUUUGUAGUUGAGAGAACAAUGUUUGGUUUAACAUUAGUGGAACAUGAUCUUUGUCCAGUCACCUGUAAUUAAAGUAGGAGAAAACUUUUGAGGUCUAAAUGUUGACAGUGAGUCGUGUAGAAAUCCAGCAUACCAGGUCAUCUGACUCAGUGACAUGUUGAAGAUUAACAACAAAAGUUUAUGGUGAUAUCAACCUUGGCCGAUACCGACAUGAUGCUGAUCUACUGUUUAAUCAACAGCAGAUCUUGAUUUAUUGAUACAAUGAUGUUUUAUUGGACACAGAGGACACUAAAGUGGUAUUCAGCGCUGCAUCAGGAGGACCAGGAUCAGGCGAAAACCUUGGACCAUUCAACACAGACACAACUGUGAUCUUCAAGAGAGUGAUUACAAACAUGGGCGACGCCUACAAUGUAGCCACAGGUAAUUACACUAGACUUCAACUGUAAGUUCAACUCAUUACUGCAGCUCAUGAAGAGCUAAAUAAAACUGAUUGAAAACACCUCCUUUCUUCAGUGGAAUAAAUUCUUUUAAAGGUGAGGACUAUAGAUCUGUGAUCACCCUGUUGUGUCCACAGGUAUCUUCACUGCACCUGUAGCUGGUGUGUAUUACUUUAGCAUGUUCUUACAUGCUGGAGGAAGCAGUACAGCGGGAAUGCAUCUGUACAAGAACACCGAGGUGAUGCUUCACGUCUAUGAUCAUGCAUCAACUGCUGACACAGCUGAUAAUGGAGGAAACGCAGGAUUCCUUCAGCUGCAGCCAGGAGACCAGGUGUACGUGCGACUUCCUGCAAAUUCUCAUCUUUGGGUAAACGACCACGUCACCACUUUUAAUGGAUUUUUAGUCCAUCAGGUGUGAAAUGGAUCUGUUGGUUGUCUUUUUCCAUUCUAAUGAAAAUGAAAUAAAGACGUAAACAGACAAAUAUUUAAGCGUCAUUUGUUUUCUGUCUACAUGAACUGUUAUUAAUUUAACAAGCAGUUUGUUUAAACUAUUCAACAGCCAUAACAACAACUAAACAGCUUUAACCAACUUUUCACUCUCAGAUUCAGGUCAGUGAGUUUAACCUGGCCUAGAUUAAUCCACGGUAACUUCUAAGUAAAAGAAAAAAAGAUUGUAACGUUGGGUCCUGAUCCAGAUAAUAGAGUCCAGAUCUGGGCUGCAGUCUGCCCACCUCAAUUGCUUCCUAGUUGCCAAUCCACUGAGCUGAGAAGUUGAACAACAGAGUCCUUACAUCUUAACAAGACAAGUAAACCAUGUGUCAAAUCCAGUGUUGAAAAUGAACCACUCAUGACUCUAAAUGGUAAAUAGACCAUUUAUAAAUGGUAAGCAGAUAGUUUAUUAGAGUUUAAUCAUCAUUUAUAAAUGGCAUAUAGACCGUUAGUAAGUUAAUAAAUUUUACAAAUUGAAAACCCUAACCCUGACUUUAAAAUUACCAUCUGAGAAACGUUUAAAGGUGGUUUAUAAAUCACUUAUUAAUAAUUUACAAAGUAUUACAAACAUCCGUUGCAACUUUAUACUAACCAUUUAAGUAAAGUUUAUAGAUGGAUUAAAAACCAAAUAUUAACCAUUUACAAAGUGCUACUGACACACAUUUUAAUCUAGAUGUUUUACAACCAAUAUCUUGACCCUAAACCUUUAAUAAAUAGUCCAUCAAUAAUAAAUGAAAAUUAUUAAUCAUAAUUUCAUUGCUUGUUAAUUGUAAAGUAACUAUUAACUUACAUUAAUAAACUAUCUAUUUGCCAAUUAUAAUUGGUCUAUAUGCUUUUUUAAAAUGAUUAUUAAACAUUAAUAAACUAUCUACUAAAUAUUUAUAAAUUAUGGUUAUUGUAAAGUGUUUCCAAAGUUACUGCUUCAUAUUGUAGUAAAAAAAAAAAAAAAAAUUAAAGUCUCAAUCCAGUUUACAGCUCAAUAUACACUCACCGGCCACUUUAUUAGGUACACCUGUCCAACUGCUCGUUAACACUUAAUUUCUAAUCAGCCAAUCACAUGGCGGCAACUUAGUGCAUUUAGGCAUGUAGACAUGGUCAAGACAAUCUCCUGCAGUUCAAACCGAGCAUCAGUAUGGGGAAGAAAGGUGAUUUGAGUGACUUUGAACGUGGCAUGGUUGUUGGUGCCAGAAGGGCUGGUCUGAGUAUUUCAGAAACUGCUGAUCUACUGGGAUUUUCACGCACAACCAUCUCUAGGGUUUACAGAGAAUGGUCCGAAAAAGAAAAAAUAUCCAGUGAGCGGCAGUUCUGUGGGCGGAAAUGCCUUGUUGAUGCCAGAGGUCAGAGGAGAAUGGCCAGACUGGUUCGAGCUGAUAGAAAGGCAACAGUGACUCAAAUAACCACCCGUUACAACCAAGGUAGGCAGAAGAGCAUCUCUGAACGCACAGUACGUCGAACUUUGAGGCAGAUGGGCUACAGCAGCAGAAGACCACACCGGGUGCCACUCCUUUCAGCUAAGAACAGGAAACUGAGGCUACAAUUUGCACAAGCUCAUCGAAAUUGGACAAUAGAAGAUUGGAAAAGCGUUGCCUGGUUUGAUGAGUCAUUCGGAUGGUAGGGUCAGAAUUUGGCGUCAACAACAUGAAAGCAUGGAUCCAUCCUGCCUUGUAUCAACGGUUCAGGCUGGUGGUGGUGGUGUCAUGGUGUGGGGAAUAUUUUCUUGGCACUCUUUGGGCCCCUUGGUACCAAUUGAGCAUCGUUGCAACGCCACAGCCUACCUGAGUAUUGUUGCUGACCAUGUCCAUCCCUUUAUGACCACAAUGUACCCAACUUCUGAUGGCUACUUUCAGCAGGAUAAUGCGCCAUGUCAUAAAGCUGGAAUCAUCUCAGACUGGUUUCUUGAACAUGACAAUGAGUUCACUGUACUCAAAUGGCCUCCACAGUCACCAGAUCUCAAUCCAAUAGAGCAUCUUUGGGAUGUGGUGGAACGGGAGAUUCGCAUCAUGGAUGUGCAGCCGACAAAUCUGCGGCAACUGUGUGAUGCCAUCAUGUCAAUAUGGACCAAGCUCUCUGAGGAAUGCUUCCAGCACCUUGUUGAAUCUAUGCCACGAAGAAUUGAGGCAGUUCUGAAGGCAAAAGGGGGUCCAACCCGUUACUAGCAUGGUGUACCUAAUAAAGUGGCCGGUGAGUGUAUACAUACUGUUUUUAUGUAUAAAUCAUCUUUGCCUUAUUGAGCUUAAUGCCGCAUUAUUUCAUUGUUAGGAGUCACAACAUUACUCAUGAAUGUUGAAAUGUCAACAGUAAAUUUCAACAGUCAUCCACAUUUUGGGAAACCACGUGAUUGACCCCAAACUGCUCGCUCAUUUACCGGAUUGUGAGAUCACUGAUAAGCUGAAAAUCCUUUUUGUUUACACUUCUUGGAGUAAAGGGCAAACUGACUGCCGGUAAAUUGAAUAAUAAUGUUUAAUUAUCAAACAAACCAGAGCUGAAAAUGACCUUUGACUGUUUAAAAAAAAAAAAAAAAACUAUUGACUUUAGUUUGUAACACAUUACAACCAUGAAUACGGAUUAAUAAGGGCAUCCAUAAAUGUCCUGUAAGGUGAGAAGAGGUUCACCCCUUCCUAGGUUUCAGAAUCUCAGAAUGAAGUUGGCAAAAACUAUGAAAAAUUUGGAAACAGCGCUAAAAAACGAAUUUGGAGUGCUCUGUUUGAUAGAAAACCAAGACAGUAUGGAUGAAAGCUUCAAGACUUUAGGCAGCGCUGCAUUAAAAACAGACAUGAGUCUGGAGUGGAAGUCACCUGAUGAGCUCAAAGUCCCAUACAGAAACACUGAAAGUGAACAGAGUUAUCAAAUAGUCACUCAAACUGUAUCGCAGACAGGAAUGAUGAAAUGUCCUGUAGUUUGGCAAAUUAAUAUCUGACAUAUCUCAAGGAAAUCAUAGACUUUUAACUCUGAUGUGAAAAGCAAAGAGGAGAUGGUCUUCCUGGCUUGUUAACAGCGCAACUUGUAAAAGCAGCAUCCAUCAUAAUACGAGGAUCUAUAAGUGCCCGAGGGGUGGGAAGGUGACACACCUGAAUAGGCUGAUCAAAGGUGGUGUAGGCAAGAUCUGAGGAAGUGCCAGUUUUUGGGAGACAUCUUGAAAGUAAACACCUCUCACCCAGUUUUUCCCUCAGCUCCUUCUCUCCCUUCCGUCUCUGCUCCAGCAAGCCCCGCCCACAAACAGAUGCUCCUGCUCACUCGUAUUGUUCCGAUUAAAUUCAUAUAUAAUGUAGAUAAAUACUUAAGAUAAUUAUAAAUGGGGCCCAGUCAAGGUGAAAGUAAAGAGCAUUGGUGCCACUGUAGAUAUUAACAGACUACCAGCAAACACAAUGUUUGCAGGACUUCUACAACUAGGAUAAAGUGACAUAGUCCAGGACCCGAGGGAGGACAGUUUAGCGAUGGCGCUACAACACGCAGCAGGUCCGUUUGACUAGAAACACUUCUGUUAGAGACACUUGUCUUACUUUGUUAAAGCGGUUUACCUGUCCAGCAGAAAGGUUACAGGGUCACGAAGAUCCCAAAGCAUCCCCUAUCGUUUAUGCUAGCUUCAUUGAUGUUGACCCGGCUUUUCAGCUCUUGUCCGGUCUACCUCCUUUUUUAGGCACAGGUUAUUCCACCAGAGUCUCCGGUAUUUACUUUGUUUUUCUUGCUUGUGUUGUCAGUCGUGGCUAAAGGAGGAUUCAGACAACUUUCAUACCUUUCUGGUUGGUUUCUAUUUUCCGAUGUUGUUGCAAGCUAACUUUGUUUGGACUCCUGAAUGCUAUUGCGAGGGAGCAGCGUCUGCCUCACAACCAAUCAGGUUGAGGGAGGUGUAGAACGACUUUGUUUACAGUCAGAAAGAGCGGGCCUCUCAAAGAUUUUCACAUGACGACACAAACAUAACAAAACACAGCGAUAUCGUUAUAUUACCAAACUUCAUCAAUAACUUAUAGCUAUUGACUGAUAUUAAAAGCUUUUUUGUAUAUACAUCACAAAAAAGAUGCUUCUGUAAUGGAUUCCUGCCUACCUCACCUUAAGGCUUAACAUUGUAUACAGGUUUUUAAUCUGCUGCCAUCUGGAUAAUGAGUUUCGCAGGGAAGACUGUGCAUAUGUCAGUCUGACAAUGCUAAACCACAUUUUGAAUAUAUAACAGCCAGCUCUGUAGAAGAAGAGGCCAGGUGCUAAAAUGAUCUGCCCGCACUCAAAGAAAAUAAUUCAUGCAUCAUAAAAGCAACAUGUUGAUUUUUUUUGGCAUCAUGCAAGAAUAAGACAUUUCACCUUUAAAAUGUCAGGAACUGGUUGCCAAAUGUUGAAACAAGAAUGUUUUUUGUUUUUUCAAAAUUGGCACUAACUUAAGAUUUUAGCCACAAAUUUCAGAGUUGGGGUAGCCGGUGUGUUUAUUGUUGGGAUGCAUCCCCUCUCGUACCAACAUAGCUGCAAAAGGCCCUCUUGGUUCAGGGAUGCCAAAAGCCAACUGCUUGUUUGAUCCUGUUUCUUUGUUUCAUCACUGGUCUUGAUCUAAGAGGUUAAACAUUAACAAAUGAAAGACAAAAAAGCAGCUCAAAUCUAAAGAACUGAGAGAACCGUUCUCAGAGCAACUUUGAAGAUGAAGUUCGCUAUUGUGUUGUUGAGUCUUCCGCUGUUGUGCGUUUUGACUUUAGCUCAGGACGAUGGUGUAGUUUUUGGAACGCCAGCAUGCCUCAUGAACCUGUGUGGGCGCAUGAAAGAGGUCGAAGCCCUGAGAGAGAAAGUCAAUGCUAUGGAAACCUAGAGACCUAGACUCUCUGAGACUCUGUUGUGAGACCGCCGAAAUUUCAAGAAAUUUCGUUGGUGGCCCGGCUGCGGGACGGCGAAAAAAAGAUUGAAGCACUGCAGAACAAAGGUAGAGUCAAAAUGAUGCGUUUGAAGAAUUGAAUGAAUGAGGCGUGCAACGGAAGUGUUCAGUGGAAAUGUUUUUGCUUUGCACAGAGAGGAAAACGGUGGUUUUCACUGCGGAGGCCGGACCAAGAGGGGCUAUCGGACCGUUUAGGACUCUGCUCAGGACUUUCUAUGACUCUGUGGUAGCAUCUGCACUUUUCUAUGCAGAGGUCAGCUGAGGGGCAGGAAGAGACUGAACAGACUCGUCAGGAGGGCCAGUUCUGUCCUGGACUGUUCUUUGGACUCCCUGGAGGAGGUGGGUGAGAGGAGGAUGUUAGUAAAGCUCUUAUCUAUCAUGGACAGUCCCUCUCACCCACUGCACCAGACUGUGGGGGCUUUAGGCAGCUCCUUCAACAGCAAACUUAAACUCCCACCUUGCAAGACGGAGUGCUACCACAGGUCAUUCUUCCCCUCUGCAAUAAGACAACGAACUGUAAUAAAACUGGACUCACACCACCACUUUUUUUCUGUCAUUUAAAUUGUGUAUAUUAUAUAUAGUUUUAUUUUUCUUCUCCCUUUUUCCCUUUUCUAAAUUUUUUUCUUAAUUAUUACAUUUAUUUAAGUUCUUAAUAAACUAUCUAUUUACCAUUUAUAAAUUAUGGUCAUUGUAAAGUGUUUUCAAAGUUUCUGCUUCAUAUUGUAAAAAAUAAAAAACUUAAAGUCAUAAGUUUACAGCUCAAUAUAUACAAACUGUUUUUAUGUAUAAAUCAUCUUUGCCUUAUUGAGCUUAAUGCCGUAUUAUUUCAUUGUUAGGAGUCACAACAUUACUCAUGAAUGUUGAAAUGUCAACAGUAAAUUUCAACAGUCAUCCACAUUUCGUGGAAACCUCACGAUUGACCCAAACUGCUCGCUCAUUUACCGGAUUGUGAGAUCACUGAUAAGCUGAAAAUCCUUUUUGUUUACACUUCUUGGAGUAAAGGGCAAACUGACUGCCGGUAAAUUGAAUAAUAAUGUUUUCUUAUCAAACAAACCAGAGCUGAAAAUGACCUUUGACUGUUUCAAAAAAAAAAAUAAAAAUAUUGACUUUAGUUUGUAACACAUUACAACCAUGAAUACGGACUAAAAAGGGCAUCCAUAAAUGUCCUGUAAGGUGAGAAGAGGUUCAUCCCUUCAUAAGUUUCACAAUCUCAGAAUGAAGUUGGCAAAAACUAUGAAAAAUUUGGAAACAGUGCUAAAAAACUUAAGAGAAUUUGGAGUGCUCUGUUUAAAAGAAAACCAAGACAGUAUGGAUGAAAGCUUCAAGACUUUAGGCAGCUCUGCAUUAAAAACAGACAUGACUCUGGAGUGGAAGUCACCUGAUGAGCUCAAAGUCCCAUACAGAAACACUGAGGGCUCUAUUUUGGUGCCUCGCCGGAGACGUUGCGUAAGUGAGGUCCGCCGCGCCGACAAGGCGUUCCCAAGCACAAUUUGGUAUUUUGGUGAGCAGCGCAGCCAGGCGUAAGUAUCCCCCCUCCCUAACUCAGCUCCUCCUAGCGGCGUAAGUUGUAGGUCUGUAAGAUCCCAAAGCAUCCCCUAUCGUUUAUGCUAGCUUCAUUGAUGUUGACCCGGCUUUUCAGCUCUUGUCCGGUCUACCUCCUUUUUUAGGCACCCGUUAUUCCACCAGAGUCUCCGGUAUUUACUUUGUUUUUCUUGCUUGUGUCGGCAGUCGUGGCUAAAGGAGGAUUCAGACAACUUUCCGGCCUUUCUGGUUGGUUUCUAUUUUCCGAUGUUGUUUCAAGCUAACUUUGGGAGCAGCGUCUGCCUCACAACCAAUCAGGUUGAGGGAGGUGUAGAACGACUUUGUUUACAGUCAGAAAGAGCGGGCCUCUCAAAGAUUUUCACAUGACGACACAGACAUAACAAAACACAGCAAUAUCAUUAUAUUACCAAACGUCAUCAAUAACUUAUAACUAUUGACUGAUAUUAAAAGCUUUUUUGUAUAUACAUCACAAAAUAAGAUGCUUCUGUAAUGGAUUCCUGCCUACCCCACCUUGAAGGCUUAACAUUGUAUACAGGUUUUAAAGCUGCUGCCAACUACUUUAUGAAUAUAUAACAGACAGCUCUGUAGAAGAAGAGGCCAGGUGCUAAAAUGAUCUGCCCGCACUCAAAGAAAAUAAUUCAUGCAUCAUAAAAGCAACAUGUUGAUUUUUUUGGCAUCAUGCAAGAAUAAGACAUUUCACCUUUAAAAUGUCAGGAACUGGUUGCCAAAUGUUGAAACAAGAAUGUUUUUUGUUUUUUCAAAAUUGGCACUAACUUAAGAUUUUAGCCACAAAUUUCAGAGUUGGGGUAGCCGGUGUGUUUAUUGUUGGGAUGCAUCCCCUCUCGUACCAACAUAGCUGCAAAAGGCCCUCUUGGUUCAGGGAUGCCAAAAGUCAACUGCUUGUUUGAUCCUGUUUCUUUGUUUCAUCACUGGUCUUGAUCUAAGAGGUUAAACAUUAACAAAUGAAAGACAAAAAAGCAGCAGCUCAAAUCUAAAGAACUGAGAGAACCGUUCUCAGAGCAACUUUGAAGAUGAAGUUCGCUAUUGUGUUGUUGAGUCUUCCGCUGUUGUGCGUUUUGACUUUAGCUCAGGACGAUGGUGUAGUUUUUGGAACGCCAGCAUGCCUCAUGAACCUGUGUGGGCGCAUGAAAGAGGUCGAAGCCCUGAGAGAGAAAGUCAAUGCUAUGGAAACCUAGAGAUCUAGACUCUCUGAGACUCUGUUGUGAGACCGCCGAAAUUUCAAGAAAUUUCGUUGGUGGCCCGGCUGCGGGACGGCGAAAAAAAGAUUGAAGCACUGCAGAACAAAGGUAGAGUCAAAAUGAUGCGUUUGAAGAAUUGAAUGAAUGAGGCGUGCAACGGAAGUGUUCAGUGGAAAUGUUUUUGCUUUGCACAGAGAGGAAAACGGUGGUUUUCACUGCGGAGGCCGGACCAAGAGGGGCUAUCGGACCGUUUAGGACUCUGCUCAGGACUUUCUAUGACUCUGUGGUAGCAUCUGCACUUUUCUAUGCAGAGGUCAGCUGAGGGGCAGGAAGAGACUGAACAGACUCGUCAGGAGGGCCAGUUCUGUCCUGGACUGUUCUUUGGACUCCCUGGAGGAGGUGGGUGAGAGGAGGAUGUUAGUAAAGCUCUUAUCUAUCAUGGACAGUCCCUCUCACCCACUGCACCAGACUGUGGGGGCUUUAGGCAGCUCCUUCAGCAGCAAACUUAAACUCCCACCUUGCAAGACGGAGUGCUACCACAGGUCAUUCUUCCCCUCUGCAAUAAGACAACGAACUGUAAUAAAACUGGACUCACACCACCACUUUUUUUCUGUCAUUUAAAUUGUGUAUAUUAUAUAUAGUUUUAUUUUUCUUCUCCCUUUUUCCCUUUUCUAAAUUUUUUUCUUAAUUAUUACAUUUAUUUAAGUUCUUAAUAAACUAUCUAUUUACCAUUUAUAAAUUAUGGUCAUUGUAAAGUGUUUCCAAAGUUUCUGCUUCAUAUUGUAAAAAAUAAAAAAAUUAAAGUCUCAAUCCAGUUUACAGCUCAAUAUAUACAAACUGUUUUUAUGUAUAAAUCAUCUUUGCCUUAUUGAGCUUAAUGCCGCAUUAUUUCAUUGUUAGGAGUCACAACAUUACUCAUGAAUGUUGAAAUGUCAACAGUAAAUUUCAACAGUCAUCCACAUUUCGUGGAAACCACGCGAUUGACCCCAAACUGCUCGCUCAGUUACCAGAUUGUGAGAUCACUGAUAAGCUGAAAAUCCUUUUUGUUUACACUUCUUGGAGUAAAGGGCAAACUGACUGACGGUAAAUUGAAUAAUAAUGUUUUCUUAUCAAACAAACCAGAGCUGAAAAUGACCUUUGACUGUUUCAAAAAAAAAAAUAAAAAUAUUGACUUUAGUUUGUAACACAUUACAACCAUGAAUACGGACUAAAAAGGGCAUCCAUAAAUGUCCUGUUAGGUGAGAAGAGGUUCAUCCCUUCAUAAGUUUCACAAUCUCAGAAUGAAGUUGGCAAAAACUAUGAAAGAUUUGGAAACAGCGCUAAAAAACGAAUUUGGAGUGCUCUGUUUGAUAGAAAACCAAGACAGUAUGGAUGAAAGCUUCAAGACUUUAGGCAGCUCUGCAUUAAAAACAGACAUGACUCUGGAGUGGAAGUCACCUGAUGAGCUCAAAGUCCCAUACAGAAACACAGAGAGUGAACAGAGUUAUCAAAUAGUCACUCAAACUGUAUCGCAGACAGGAAUGAUGAAAUGUCCUGUAGUUUGGCAAAUUAAUAUCUGACAUAUCUCAAGGAAAUCAUAGACUUUUAAAUCUGAUGUGAAAAGCAAAGAGGAGAUGGUCUUCCUGGCUUGUUAACAGCGCAACUUGUAAAAGCAGCAUCCAUCAUAAUCCGAGGAUCUAUAAGUGCCCGAGGGGUGGGAAGGUGACACACCUGAAUAGGCCGAUCAAAGGUGGUGUAGGCAAGAUCUGAGGAAGUGCCAGUUUUUGGGAGACAUCUUGGAAGUAAACACCUCUCACCCAGUUUUUCCCUCAGCUCCUUCUCUCCCUUCCGUCUCUGCUCCAGCAAGCUCCGCCCACAAACAAAUGCUCCUGCUCGCUUGUAUUGUUCCGAUUAAAUUCAUAUAUAAUGUAGAUAAAUACUUAAGAUAAUUAUAAAUGGAGCCCAGUCAACAUGAAAGUAAAAAGCAUUGGUGCCACUGUAGAUAUUAACAGACUACCAGCAAACACAAUGUUUGCAGGACUUCUACAACUAGGAUAAAGUGACAUAGUCCAGGACCCGAGGUCAACAGUUUAACGGCGCUACAACAUGCAGUAGGUCCGUUUGACUAGAAACACUUCUGUUACAGACACUUGUCUUACUUUGUUAAAGUGGUUUACCUGUCCAGCAGAAAGGUUACAAGGUCAGUAAGAUCCCCAAGCAUCCCCUAUUGUUUAUGCUGGCUUCAUUGAUGUUGACCCGACUUUUCAGCUCUUGUUCGGUCUACCUCCUUUUUUAGGCACCCGUUAUUCCACCAGAGUCUCCGGUAUUUACUUUGUUUUUCUUGCUUGUGUCGGCAGUCGUGGCUAAAGGAGGGUUCAGACAACUUUGCGACCUUUCUGGUUGGUUUCUAUUUUCCGAUGUUGUUGCACGCUAACUUUGUUUGGGCUCCUGAACGCUAUUGUUAGUAAAGCUCUUAUCUAUCAUGGACAGUCCCUCUCACCCACUGCACCAGACUGUAGGGCUUUAAGCAGCUCCUUCAGCAGCAGACUUAGACUCCCACCUUGCAAGACGGAGUGCUACCGCAGGUCAUUCUUCCCCUCUGCAAUAAGACUUUACAACAAACUGUAAUAAAACUGGACUCGCACCACCACUUUUUUUCUGGCAUUUAAAUUGUGUAUAUAAUGUAUAGUUUUAUUUUCUUCUCCCUUUUUCCCUUUUCUAAAUUUUUUUCUUAAUUAUUACAUUUAUUUAAGUUCUUAAUACUACGAUCUUUAUUUUUAUAACUGCAUUUUUUCACUAUUUGUCUGUGAUGCUGCUGUGACAAAAAAAAUUCCCCCAUGGGGGAUCAAUUAAGGAAUAUUCUAUUCUAUUCUAACUCAGAGACGACCCUCGUCUACCAGAAAGUGAUUACAAAUGUUGGAAAUGCUCACAAUUCAUCCACUGGUAAGGCCAUCACAGAAGACUAGCGGUACUUUUUCAUGAGAUUAUGUUAAUGUCUAACAGAAUCCUAGGUAGUGUACGUUUACAGUCAGAUCAAAUUAGACAUCUACAUUAUGCACUUUUAAAGGAUAUUCCGGUAUAAAUAUAAGUUAGGGUCAAACACAUCUUAACACCGAGUUAGACACCCCAUCGAGAGAUGAAUGUUGCCGACCGCUUGCUUCUCUAGUUAUACCAACUUAAGUAACGACCGCACAAUAGCAAUACAGAGAGCCACACGCUCAACCAAAACGCCACAAAUAAUGCUCAGAACAGCACCAAACUUCAUCAACAGUACAUAUAGGGUCCCAGCCAUAGUACUAGCCACCAAACAUCUUUUUAACUUUGACUCAUUUCUUUAGCAAAGAGUCUAAAGACAACUAACCCACUCUCUUCCAGCAGCCACUUGUUUCUAACAAGACCUCGGACCAAUCCAUUACGGACUACAGCGGGGUGACGCAGCUCAAGGAAGAACAUUGUCUCUCUGUAUUGCUGUCAUGUGGUCGUUACUAAAGUUGGUAUAACUAGAGAAGCAAGCGGUCGGCAACAUUCAUCUCUCGACAGGAAAUCGGUGUUAUGGUGUGUUUGACCCUAAAUUAAUUUUACACCAGAAUAUCCCUUUAACACUUUUCUGUCACCCAACUUGAACACUGUCAGACAACCUCUAGACAAAUAAACAUGAAUUGGCAAUCCACCAACCUUAACCAGAUACUGGCACAUUAUUUUGUGAUUUCAAAGACUUGAUCACUUGAUGAAUCACAAAAAAAGUUGAAAAAAUUAACAAGGUCCCCCCUUUCAGGUGUCUUCACUGCACCUUAUGCUGGAGUUUAUUACUUCACCAUCUUCCAACAUGCUGGAGGACGGCCCGGGACAUUGCUGUUUCUCUACAAGAACAAUGAGCGCAUAGUGCAGACCCAGGCUCACCCGGCAGUCAACGAGACAGCUCAUAACGCGGGAAAUGCCGUGUUCCUUCAGCUGCGGUGGGCGACCGGGUCUACGUCCGCAUGGAUCCGAACUCACACGUGUACGGCUCCGGGUACCACACGACCUUUAGUGGUUUCCUGGUGUGAGAAAGCAGUCUCUGUCUUAAUGAAGUAAUAAUCUAAAACAGGGUCCUCUCUGUGAAGUGUAAACUGUACUUAUAAAUGAGACAUGUUUCAGGUUUUCAUACUUUUUGUAAAAAUGCAUUUAAAACUAUAUGAUCUGAAUAAACACAAAAAUUUAUUGGAAAUAAAGUGAAUUCAAACUACAUUUGUUUUUUUAUUGUGUAUUAUCUUAACUGCUUACGUUAAUGGUAAAGUAACUAUUAACUUACAUUAAUAAACUAUUUGCCAAUUAUAAUUUGUUUAUAUGCUUUUUUAAGUGAUGAUUAAACAUUAAUAAACUAUCUAUUUACCAUUUAUAAAUUAUGGUUAUUGUAAAGUUUUACUGCUUCAUAUUGUAAUAAAAAAAAACUUAAUUAAAGUCUUAAUCCAGUUUACAGCUCAAUAUAUACAUACUGUUUUUAUGUAUAAAUCAUCUUUGCCUUAUUGAGCUUAAUGCCGCAUUAUUUCAUUGUUAGGAGUCACAACAUUACUCAUGAAUGUUGAAAUGUCAACAGUAAAUAUCAACAGUCAUCCACAUUUUGGGAAACCACGCGAUUGACCCCAAACUGCUCGCUCAUUUACCGGAUUGUGAGAUCACUGAUAAGCUGAAAAUCCUUUUUGUUUACACUUCUUGGAGUAAAGGGCAAACUGACUGCCGGUAAAUUGAAUAAUAAUGUUUUCUUAUCAAACAACCCAGAGCUGAAAAUGACCUUUGACUGUUUAAAAAAAAAACUAUUGACUUUAGUUUGUAACACAUUACAACCAUGAAUACGGACUAAAAAGGGCAUCCAUAAAUGUCCUGUAAGGUGAGAAGAGGUUCAUCCCUUUAUAGGUUUCAGAAUCUCAGAAUGAAGUUGGCAAAAACUAUGAAAAAUUUGGAAACAGCGAGAGAAUUUGGAGUGCUCUGUUUAAAAGAAAACCAAGACAGUAUGGAUGAAAGCUUCAAGACUUUAGGCAGCUCUGCAUUAAAAACAGACAUGACUCUGGAGUGGAAGUCACCUGAUGAGCUCAAAGUCCCAUACAGAAACACUGAGGGCUCUAUUUUGGUGCCUCGCCGGAGACGUGGCUUAAGUCAGGUCUGCCGCGCCAACAAGGCGUUCCCAAGCACAAUUUGGUAUUUUGGUGAGCAGCGCAGCCAGGCGUAAGUAUCCCCCCUCCCUAACUUAGCUCCUCCUAGCGGCGUAAGUUGUAGGUCUGUAAGAUCCCAAAGCAUCCCCUAUCGUUUAUGCUAGCUUCAUUGAUGUUGACCCGGCUUUUCAGCUCUUGUCCGGUCUACCUCCUUUUUUAGGCACCCGUUAUUCCACCAGAGUCUCCGGUAUUUACUUUGUUUUUCUUGCUUGUGUCGGCAGUCGUGGCUAAAGGAGGAUUCAGACAACUUUGCGACCUUUCUGGUUGGUUUCUAUUUUCCGAUGUUGUUGCAAGCUAACUUUGGGAGCAGCGUCUGCCUCACAACCAAUCAGGUUGAGGGAGGUGUAGAACGACUUUGUUUACAGUCAGAAAGAGCGGGCCUCUCAAAGAUUUUCACAUGACGACACAAACAUAACAAAACACAGCGAUAUUGUUAUAUUACCAAACGUCAUCAAUAACUUAUAACUAUUGACUGAUAUUAAAAGCUUUUUUGUAUAUACACCACAAAAUAAGAUGCUUCUGUAAUGGAUUCCUGCCUACCCCACCUUGAAGGCUUAACAUUGUAUACAGGUUUUAAAGCUGCUGCCAACUACUUUAUGAAUAUAUAACAGCCAGCUCUGUAGAAGAAGAGGCCAGGUGCUAAAAUGAUCUGCCCGCACUCAAAGAAAAUAAUUCAUGCAUCAUAAAAGCAACAUGUUGAUUUUUUUUGGCAUCAUGCAAGAAUAAGACAUUUCACCUUUAAAAUGUCAGGAACUGGUUGCCAAAUGUUGAAAGAAGAAUGUUUUUUGUUUUUUCAAAAUUGGCACUAACUUAAGAUUUUAGCCACAAAUUUCAGAGUUGGGGUAGCCGGUGUGUUUAUUGUUGGGAUGCAUCCCCUCUCGUACCAACAUAGCUGCAAAAGGCCCUCUUGGUUCAGGGAUGCCAAAAGCCAACUGCUUGUUUGAUCCUGUUUCUUUGUUUCAUCACUGGUCUUGAUCUAAGAGGUUAAACAUUAACAAAUGAAAGACAAAAAAGCAGCUCAAAUCUAAAGAACUGAGAGAACCGUUCUCAGAGCAACUUUGAAGAUGAAGUUCGCUAUUGUGUUGUUGAGUCUUCCGCUGUUGUGCGUUUUGACUUUGGCUCAGGACGAUGGUGUAGUUCUUGGAACGUCAACAUGCCUUAUUAACCUGUGUGGGCGCAUGAAAGAGGUCGAAGCCCUGACAGAGAAAGUCAACGCUAUGGAAACCAAAUUGAAGGAGAGUGAAAACCAAAUUCAGGAGCUAAAGAACAAAGGUAAGCUCCUGGAAAUAUUUUGUUUACUGCAUAAAGUGAAAUCAGACACGUGUGGUUUAUUUAUUCUUUACAAUUAACUGUCCUUACUGUGUUUUUGUUUGGCUAAGAAACAACCCAGGUGAUUUUCAGUGCUGUCGUUGGUGGAGAAGGAGGAGUAAGCCGAACCGUUGGACCUUUCAGCACGGACACGGUUUUAGUCUUCAAAAAAGUAUUCACAAACAUCGGCAAUGCUUACAAUGGAGUCACAGGUAACACAAUUAACACCAAGUUGACCUUGUUUUUGUUGCUGCAAUCAGAUCUCAGACUUUUUGCAGUUGUAUUGGAAAAAUGAGAGUGUCAAGGACCCCCUAUGACCAUAAACACCUUAUUGUGCCCUGCAGGUAUCUUUGCAGCACCUGUCGCAGGAGUCUAUUACUUCACCAUCUUCUUCCACGCUGCCGGAGAUCAUGAGGGAAAGCUGUACAUGUACAAAAACGCCGAUCUGAUCAUCGUCACCCACGAUCAGAAAUCCGACACUGACCCAGCUGAUAAUGGAGGAAACGCCGUGUUCCUGCAGCUGCAGCAAGGAGACCAGGUGUAUGUGCAACUGCCUGCAAACUGUCACGUCUGGGGAUCUAACGGCCACACGACCUUUAGUGGGUUUUUGGUUUCUCAAAUGUGA